CUGCCCAGGAGCCUCACCAACACUGUGGUUGGAGCCGUUUCAACCACUGAAACUGAGUCUCAAGCAAAUCAGCUAAAUAGUGCAAAAUCACCGCCGAAUUACUCAGAGCAAUCUGAGGCAUCUGAUACUCGAAGAGAGCCAACAGAGGAAACUGCAUCAUCAUCAACUUGCCCGUUGCUGUGGAACACGAAGCAGAAUCUUGGCUAUGAGGUUGGAUUCCAGGUAGUUUUUGUGGAGUCUCGUCUAAUUGAUCAAAUCAAUUUGCAACCUUUGCUGUAA